AUGGCACCUUCUGCAAAUAAGCCAAAGUCGAGCCUCGCCAAUUACCUCAAUAAUCCCUGUCACAACUGCCGCCGCCGCCGUCUCCGUUGUGAUCGGUCCCGUCCCAUCUGCAACAAAUGCUCCUCCUCGGGACGCGAGUGUCUUGGCUACGACAAGCUCUUCAUCUGGACCCAGUGCGCCGGUACUAGGGUGCCAGGACAAGCCCAAGGAGGCGUUCGUUCAGCCGCCGCCUCCACCACCACCACGGCGGCCUCGGCGACGACAGCAACGACAGCAAGGCGCACAGGUCACCGGACCACGGCCUCCUCCCCAUCUAUAGUCUUCGCACCCGUACCAGUUUUCGCUUCCUUCGACGGCCCUAGCUAUUCAACGCCAGCGUGCGUGUCUGACUCUCUCGAUUCGGUGUCCGGCGAUGCGCAGCAGCCCAGUACUGCUCUUACGGUCACUGCCACUCCCUCCUCUACUGCGGAUGACUGCACCGAUACUGCUCCUGCACAUGCGGCUGUUGCUGUUCCUGCAUGCAGGCCGACAAGUCUUACUGAUCCGUCCUUUAAGGAUCUCGAUGAACCGUCAAGGCGCUACCUGGCUCACUACCUGGCAGCUCACGAUGGCCCCGGCUGCAACCCUUUCCGGGAACUCAUACCUCUUGCACUCAAACACCGCUUCCUGCUGCACAUCAUAACAGCCACCUCCGCUGUGCACAUGUCCAACAUCGCCCACCCUAAAAUCACCGCCUCUGCACUCCUGGAACGCGCCUCUACCCCAUCCCCAGCGUUAUCCCCAUUGGAUCUUUCAGCGUACUUGCAAUACCUGAGAUCGACGGAUGGGGUAUCGCGCCGCGCCUUUUUGGAUUCGCUCGUUGCAAAACAGAAAGCUAUUGGCGAUUUGAGAGCUGUGUUGCAGAAUCCAGGGUCGGCGGAUGGAGGAGUUUUACUGGCGGCCGUGCUGUUUUUUGUUAAUUUUGAACUUAUCGAUCUUGGCAAGAGUGGGUGGAGGACGCAUCUUCAUGGAGCAUGCAGGAUCCUGAACCUCCUAUCCCCAGAGAGCGACCUCGCCAAGGUUCGCUCAAGCGCAGUGCUUCAGGAUUGCAUCGUCUCAGAUUUUGUGAUAUACCACAUUCUCGGCUCAACUCUCACCUCGGCGGGUCUUGGCGCCAACAUCGCUCACCAUGCCCUCGACCUUCUCCCUGUCAUGGAGCGAGUGGUAGGCGAUAGUUACCUCUGCUGCCCGCCCAAAAUUCUUCACAUCAUCCUCUCUGCUUCUCAACUCUCCGGCGAAGCUAUGUGCCCUGCCAUACCCGCUUCCGUCACGGCCUCGGGCCUCGAGCUCAUCAAGCAAGCCAUGGCCUUUGACAUCCAUGCCUGGGCUCUCGGGAUUCAGGACAAGGUAAAAGUCCCUGAUUUAAACAGUCGCAAAGCCGUCGCCUCCGCGCACCGCUCGGCCGUAUGCCUCUAUAUUCUCCGAGCCAUCCCCUCCACCCGAGCCCACGCACCCGUUACUGUUGACGAGCUAGUGGCGGACAUCUUUGGCCACCUCGAUCUCGUCGACGAAAAUGAUGAACAUUUCAAGGCCACAUCCUGGCCUACUGUUAUUGCAGGUGCAGAGACUGAGGAUAGAGCCUCGAGGGAGCGGGUGCUUAAGAGGUUACUGAAGCUGUGGGAGUGUUGUCCAUGGGGGUAUGUGUUUGCGGCGAUAGAGAUGUUGAAGAAGACGUGGAGGAUGAAGGAUGAGGAAGGGAUUGGUAUCGGAGAUGCUGGGUGGCUGCAGGAGUUGUGGGCGAGGGAUAUGGGGUUCUUGAUUGUGUGA